AUGCCUCACUGGCUGUUCUGCUGGCAGUUUGACAUGGUGGACCCCGGCGUGGUUCUGAUGUGGAUAUUCGGCGUGAUGCUCGGAUUGUUUUGGAUCCUGUAUUUCCUCUGUGGUGAAAUGUUUGAUACGGCAUCGGUAGCAAUGCUCGCACUGAUGACGUUGGCCUUCAUGGUCCCCUUCCUGGUGGCCCGAAUCCCCUUCAACACACCCUGGAACACUAGCUGGGAUGAGCAAAUGCCGCCAGAGAAUCUGGAUCGCACAUCCACGUACUAUGGAGCCGCUCGGUAUCGAGCCGUGCGGAGGGCCAGUCGCAGUCGCAACAGACGAGCGUUCCACAGCGACAAGGUGCCACCCCGGCCCCACGCCAGGUUACAGGGGCCAGGUUCUUAA